UUCUUGCUAUAAUUCUCCUUGGAUCUGCCAUUUUCAGUUUCUGUGUCAACUUACUGCUGUUCUUUCCAAACUUUGAGACGAAGUACGUCACAAAGAACAUUUCUCCAACUGUGUUCUAUCUCGGAGGAAUCAUUGGCUCCGGAAUACUGAUGAUCUUUCCGAUAUGCAUGCUGCUAAAGCUGUGGGAUAGUAAUGAAUGGGCCAACUGGAGAGAUGCUUGUCAAUGCCCAUUGCCUCAUUGUCAAGACUGCACUUCCUGUGCUCCAUGUGACUGUCCCAAGUGCCCGAAAUGCCAGCCACCCAGCCUUUGCCCCACAUGUAACUGCAAACCCUGCCGUGAGCUUCCUGCCUGUGGGUCCUCUGCAACCUGCAAGACUUGCCCUGAAUGCAAAUGUGCCCCUUGUGCUUCCUGUCGCGACUGUACCUGCAAGACUUGCCCUGAAUGCCAGUGUGCCCCCUGUGCUUGCUGUCGCGACUACACCUGCAAAUCCUGCCCUGAAUGCCAGUGUGCCCCUUGCACUUGCUGUCGCGACUGUACCUGCAAGACUUGCCCUAAAUGCACGUGUACCCCCUGUGCUUGCUGUCGUGACUGUACCUGCAAGACUUGCCCUGAAUGCACGUGUACCCCCUGUGCUUGCUGUCGCGACUGUACCUGCAAGACCUUCUUCCGGAUUCUCGGUGGAUGUCUGGGUGCCAUCUUUCAACUCUGUCAAUGCCCAAACUGCAGCUGUUGUUCUCCAGAUUCCUGCGAGUGCAGGCCAUGCCAAUGCAACAGAAAAUCCCCGAACUGCCUGCUAGUUUUCAGUGUGAUCGGGGUGAUGGGAGGUGUAUAUGGCUUCAUUGUGUCAUCUGUGGCAUUGAGACGUGGUCCACUGUGCCGUGUCACAGAGCUGGGAGAAUGGAGGCAUCCUUUCAACAGAGGGGAUUAUCUGAAUGAUUCAAGCCUAUGGAACAAGUGUAUGGAGCCGGAAAAUGCGAUCUCUUGGCACUUGAGUUUAUUCUCCGUUCUGUGGGUGAUCAGUACUGUUGAAAUCACCAUUUGUGUUGCACUCCUCAUUGAUGUUCUGCUCAGAUUAUUCCAUACUGACAGCAAUGGUUUCUAGAGCCAAGAUCCUGACUAAUUCCAGGCUGAAGUGCAUUCUACUUAUAUCAACUGACUCUUUUCUUUAACACCACUUUUUUUGUCUGUUUCUACCUAUUUGGACUAUUGUGAGGUCAGCGUAGAACAUGUCAAAGAGAAAGCGUAGAACAUGUCAAAGAGAAAGCUUAGAAAACAUUAGGAUAAAUGAGUCCUGGGGGCAGAAGUGAGGAAAGAAAUUGUUAUGCCUUUGGUGGUGUUCUUUGUGUCCAGGACUAAUGCCAGAAGACUGGAGGGUGGCAUUGAUUAUUUGAGAAAAGGAAACAGGGAUAAUAUUGGGAAUUACAGGCUAGUGAAGCUAACAUCAGUGGUAAGCAAACUAUUGGAGCGGAUUGUAGGAAAGAGAAUCUAUCAGGAAUUGCAGAUGGUCAGCAUGGGUUUGCAAGCGGCAGGUCGUGGCUCAUGAACCUGAAAGAAUUCUUUGAGGAAAUGACACCCAAAUUGAUGAAGGUAGGGCAGUGGAUGUGGUGUAUAUGCUUUUUAGUAAGGUGUUAAAUUUAAAAGAUGUAAAGCUUGUGUCAGAUUUUUGAAAGGUACAAAAAGGGGCAAGUGGGAAUUUUCUAUGAGAUUGGGUCGCGAGUGAUGCGUAGAGGUAGAGCUCGAGGUGGAGAGAGAAAUGGAGUUCAAGUUAGAAGUAGAGAUAGAGAUGAAAAGAUGUCAGAAAUUUGUGGUUCUCUCCAGCUGUUUAUUGUG